UUGCACAGGGCUAUAUAAAAGCGGCGCGCGAGACGAGCCGGCGCAGAACGCUACUCUUCUUCUAGAACUCACAUGGAACGAACACGGAGCGGAUCAAAGGAGGAGAUUUCGGAGCGUCGCGGGAAAUCAGCACUACGAUGGUCUAUAGCCAGGCUCUGGUGUUCGGAUACGGCAUGUCGGCCGGUGCCGAGGAAGAUAAGCUGACGGAAAUGCUGAAGAGGUUCUUCGGGCUGGAGAGAGGAGAGAACUUCGGGGGCCGCUCCGCGCUCAGGAAAGCAGCCAGCUCCUCCAGUCUCGCAUCUGAGUGCAGCUGGGAGGAAGACGAGGAUGACACGGCCAGUAUUAAACAUGACUUGACCAGGCGGCUUGAGCGGUGCCUUGUUUCAGCGAAGGCCGCCAGGCUGCGCUGCCGGGAGCUGCUCCUCCCAGCCGGGAUGAUCGCCCGGGUGGGCCGGGACCUGAUCCGGGCCUCCGGAGACGAGCCGUGUGGCCUGCGUGGCGCAGUCAUCCACCUCUUGAUGGAAAACAAGAGUGGCGUGCAGAUGCUGGGCACCGUGACGGCCGAGCAGAGCCUCACUCCGACCUUUGAGCUGUCUGUGGUGUUCAAGGAGGAUCCCGACGGCUGGCCGCCUCUAAGGCACCUGCUGGGGACUGAAGGGGCUGUGAGGCUGCGAGCAGAGUACCGGCUGGUCAAGAGGAAACUUUACUCCUCAGCCAGCCCUACUGUGAUGGAAUUCUGCUGAAAUUCAGUCUGUUCACCACUGCUUGGGGUCAGUGGCUCACAGCACUGGUCCUGGGAUUCCCCAGCCCUGCACAGUUUGGUGUUUCCCCUGCUGUAAAUAAUCUAACUGAAUAACUCACUAAGAAGAGCUUGACCAAAGUUGAACCACUUCAUAUAAUAGGGAAAUAGGAGUUUAACAAUGGAUUUGUAUCAGUAGUUUGAGCUAGCAGAACGAGUUACAGAGCAAUUUGCACAUUUGCUGACGGGUUAAUUUUUUCAUUGUCAUAUUAUCGAUUCUGGUGAACGUUCCUGGAUGUACUUUACCUAAGCUUACACUACUGCUAGGGUUUCAAUACUACCCCUGUUCUGCAUUUUUUUUUGUAAUUUUCCUUGCUUUAAAGUGAUUCCACUGAUGAGCUCAUUAGCAAGCCUGUCCUGAGUUUAAGUAGGUGUGUUGGAGCAGGAAAACAAAAAAUAUGCAGGACUAAAGUUGGCAACCACCAAUAAGGGGAAAAUAGGAUUUGUAUUAGUUUUUUAAUAUAGGAUAAUGAGUUACAAGCCAUUUUGCACAUCGCUUUUGGUCUAGUUCAAUGUCUGUGUUACUACUGUUGAUGGAGAAUGUUAAUGAAUACUUUAUGUAGGCCUACACUACCAUACUACAUGCCUUGAGUUUACAGUUUGUGGAUGGAAGGAUGUUCUGUCUACUCAUAUUUGGCAUUCAGGUUGUGUUUCUGGAGAUAUGUUGGCAUUUUUGCUGAGCUGUUUUGCACUGUGUGAAGAAUGUAGCCUACACUGCAGUAUUCCUGUUUAAGGUCACUGAAAAAGACACUGAUUUAAAUGCACAGCAUAUCUUGGUGGAAGUAUUUAAUUUGCAAUAAUUUGUGUAAUUUUUCUGGAAAAUGUUUACAAAGCUGUUAAGGGGACAAGCUGGAUUUGUCUCCAAAGUACAGAUGUUUUGUAUUCGUCAGUAUUUCCCUGAGACUUCUUAAUGAAAACAUUAAAACCUUUUGCACAGUA